CGGAAAAACACUCGCAGUUGUCAAAAUGCAGUAUGCAUUGGUGUUGCUACUCUUGGUCACAAUAUUAGCCGGAUGCAGCUACAGCAUAGAGUAUGGUAAUUUACCGCCUCCAUGCGAUAGUCAAAUCUUCUGCUAUGGUGACAUCUUAGAAGCAAUACAACUUUCAGGAAUAUUUUCUGACUCCAAAACUUUCGUCGAUCUCAAACUGAAGAAAACUGUUCCAAUAACUCUGGAAGCUUUUAAAGAUAUCUCCAAAGACGGACUUGAUCGGGCUGAAAUCGAGGAAUUUGUUCAAACGCAUUUUGAAAAUGUGGAAGCCAUUGAACAGGUAGAACUGACAGACUUUAAACGCAAUCAAACCUUCCUCAAUGAAAUAUGCAAUGCCACUGUGCAAGCUUUCACUCGACAGUUAAUUGAAAUAUGGCCUGAAUUAUCGCGUAAAGUCAAAGACGAAGUUUACGACAAUCCCGAACAGUAUAGCUUCAUUCCCGUGCCUAACCAUUUUAUAAUACCCGGAGGUCGCUUCAGAGAAUAUUAUUACUGGGAUUCAUAUUGGGUUAUAGAAGGCUUGCUCAUAUCUGAAAUGUAUGAUACAGCCCGGCAAAUUAUAGAAAAUUUCCUUUACCUCGUCGAAACGAUUGGAUUUAUACCAAACGGAGGAAGGGUGUAUUAUUUGAAUAGAUCACAACCACCGUUAUUAGCUUCGAUGGUUUCACUUUACUACAAUUACACUAAAGAUGUAGCAUGGGUGGAAAAACACAUCGAUGUAGUUGCUAAAGAAUUGGCAUUUUGGCUUGCAAACAAAACUACUACAGUGCAAACAGAAAAUGGAAAUUACACCUUGGCGAGAUACUACGUCCCUUACAGUGGACCUCGACCAGAAUCUUAUGCAGAAGAUUUUGAAACUGCUUCUGUGUGGACUGAUCUGGAUCAACGACAAAAAACAUACGUUGAAUUGAAAAGUGGGGCUGAAUCAGGUUGGGACUUUUCCUCUCGUUGGAUAUUUGACGAAAGUGGUAAUGCAAAUGACAAUCUAUCUGGAAUAGAAGCUUCAAGAAUAAUUCCUGUGGACCUUAAUUCAUUCCUUUGUCAUGGUUUCCGUAAAGUUGCGGAGUUAUAUGAAAUAAUCGAUCAAAAUGUUGACAGUAACCUAUGGUAUGGUGUCUAUAAAUCCUGGGUGGAAGCAGUCGAUUCUGUCUUGUGGAAUUCUGAUGAAAACAUUUGGCUGGAUUUCGACAUUCAACUUAAACGCCAUAGACGUGCAGCAUAUCCCACUCACGUAACACCUCUUUGGGCUGGUUGUCAUUCUCCCGAAAAAGACAAAGCUGAACUAGUCCGACAUGCCUACAACUACUUAACCGAACGUGGUUUAUUAGCAUAUCUAGGUGGUUUACCGACUUCGUUAUUGAACACAACGCAACAAUGGGACUUUCCAAACGCUUGGCCACCAAUUCAGCAUUUGGUUGUAUAUUCGUUAGUAGGAAACGGUGUACAAGAAGCAGAAGAGGCUGCUCACAGUAUAGUUAAAAAAUGGAUUGAUUCUAACAUAUUGGGAUUCAUAGACAGUGGUGAGAUGUAUGAAAAAUACGAUGCUGAAGUUCCUGGACAAUACGGAGGGGGUGGGGAAUAUACAGUACAAUCAGGGUUCGGAUGGACAAAUGGAAUUGCAUUUAAAUUCAUUUACGACUAUUACAGAUGUGAGUAAUAAAAACAAAAAUGUAAAAAAUAUAUAACUAAGCAAAUACACACAAAUAAAUGUUUUUGGUGUGAGUGUAUUUAUUUCUAAUGCAUGCAAAGUGUGCUUUAUUAAUUGUUAUGAUUUUUUUAAAUUCAAAUAAAGAUUUAAGCGUAACCAA